CUGAUUCCUCGACUUUCCCUCUUCUCUGCCUUUUGACUUUGCUUCUUCUCCCGGACUUCGUUCAACUACGAUGCCUUCUACCUUUUCGUACCAGUGGGAUACCCCUGCCUACAAGGGCAAGACUGAGUUCAACACUGGUCUCUUCAUCAACGGCCAGUUCGUCGAUGGAUCCAACAAGACCACCAUCGAUGUCGUCAAUCCGACCAACGGGAAAGUGAUCACCUCUAUCUCUGAGGGUGUCGAGAAGGAUGUCGAUCUCGCUGUUGAAGCUGCGCAGAAGGCGUUCGAGACCACUUGGGGUCUUAAUGUAUCUGGCUCUCAGCGCUCGGAACUCCUCUGGAAACUCGCCACUUUGAUGGAACAGCACCAUGAAGAGCUCGCGGCUAUCGAGGCUACGGAUAACGGCAAGACUUUCGCCUGGGCCAAGGGAACCGAUGUUGCUUUCUCGAUUAACGUCAUCAAGUACUUCGCGGGAUGGGCUGACAAGAUUACUGGUCAAACUAUUGAGACCGACGAGAGGAAGCUCAUUUACACUCGCCAUGAGCCCAUCGGUGUCGUUGGCCAGAUCAUUCCCUGGAACUUCCCUCUCCUCAUGUUGGCAUGGAAGAUCGGCCCCGCGCUCGCCACCGGAAACACCAUCGUCCUCAAGCCCUCCGAAUUCACCCCCCUCACCGCCAUCCGCAUGUGCUCGCUCAUCCAAGAAGCUGGCUUCCCUCCCGGCGUGGUCAACAUUGUCACCGGCUACGGUAACACCGUCGGAGCAGCCAUUUCCUCCCACCCCAAGAUCGAGAAGGUCGCCUUCACCGGCAGCACCCUCGUCGGCCGCAAGAUCAUGGAAGCCGCUGCGAAGAGCAACCUCAAGAACGUCACUCUCGAGUUGGGAGGCAAGAGCCCCAACGUCAUCUUCAACGAUGCUGAUAUCGACCAGGCUGUAAACUGGGCUGUUCACGGACUCUUCUGGAACCACGGCCAAGCAUGCUGCGCUGGCUCUCGUAUCUUCGUCCAGUCCGGAAUCUACGACGAGUUCUUGAAGCGAUUCACUGCCAAGGCUGCUGCUAUCCGGGUUGGCGAUCCUUUCGGCGUCGAAGUCGACCAGGGUCCUCAAGUUUCUCAAAUUCAAUACGAUCGUAUCAUGGGCUACAUCGAUUCUGGCAAAGCCGACGGCGCCACCGUCCAUCUCGGAGGCAAGCGUCAUGGUCAAGAAGGCUACUUCAUCGAGCCCACGAUCUUCACCGACGUUAAGCCCGAUAUGAAGAUUGUCCGGGAAGAGAUUUUCGGUCCUGUUGGUGUCUUGAUCAAGUUCGAAGACGAGGCCGAUGUCAUUCGACAGGCCAACGAUACAGUCUACGGUCUCGCCGCUGCCGUCUUCAGCCAGAACAUCAAUCGCGCGAUUGAAACUGCCCACAAGAUGCAGGCUGGUACUGUCUGGGUCAACUGCGCCAACCAGCUGCACGCCAACGUACCCUUCGGAGGCUUCAAGCAGUCCGGUAUUGGUCGUGAACUUGGAGAAUACGCCUUGCACAAUUAUACCAACGUCAAGGCUGUCCAUGUCAACAUCGGCCACGUCAUGUAAAAGAAGAACAGGAAUAGGAAGUUGUAUUUCUAGGUUUAGGAUGAUGUAUCAUAGCUCACCCACUCAAAAGUCGAAAUUCAUUUGUAUUU